UCGAGUUGGUCGCCGCGAGAUCGAGCGUGUGGCAAGCAAGUGAAAGCGUAAAGCCGUGAUGAAAAAAUAAAAACAAAAUACCCUCUUAUAUAUAAACACAUACAUAUGUAACUGUGAUCCAUUGCAACCUAAUACGAGAGGACGUGAGAUUACCUGUAGUUGUGUCAAUGGCCAACCAACUACAACCAAAUGAAAAUUAUUUUAAUCUCAAACACUAUCAAUUAGUGAAAUAUUCUUAUCAUAAGCAUAUAAACGGACUAUAACAAAAAAAGAAAGUAACUAAUUUAUUAUCAAAAGGAGUGAAUUCAUGAAUUUUGGUAAAUUUUGUGCUGUGUUUGUAUUAGUGUGCAAAACAGACUAUUUGAAAUGUCUACACACUGUAUAUAUUAUUUGAAAAUAUUAACAUUUAUUGUGCUAUUCAGUGAAAGCUAUGUGGAUUGUGAGUUAAGCGUAAAACGCAAUGAAACAAGUCCUUCGCGCUGGCAGAAUUUAGUCAAACAAAAAGAUUCAGCGCUGCAGUUAGUCAAGCCAUAUGUACAAAUAACCGUUAAGGAUGAUCCACCAAAGUGUGUGCAGUUAAGAUGUAAAAUUAUCUGUAGAGGCCAUAAAGGAGAACAAUUGGAUGAGAGUAUAAAAAAUGCGCUAUUGGUUGAUCAGUCCAAUUGCACACAACUCACCGAGUUGCGUCUUUACGAUAUAGAAUUCACGAAUCAGACAAUCUCUGCGGGCUUUCUCGGUGAAUAUUCGCAAAAGGUGCACAGUCUGUACAUUGGCUCAUCGAAUGUGACACACAUUGCGGCCGGCGCUUUUGGAAUGGGCAAUUUUAAAGCGAUCUUCCUGGAGAAUCUACAAUUAGAGGAGUUACGCAAGGAUAUUUUCAAAAACGCAACAUUGGUUUUUAAACACCUAAGUAUCAUUCAACACAAUAAGCCGGUAACGGUUAUUUGCGAUGACUUCCUUGGGCAUAUUAAAUAUCAAAUAGAGAGUUUCACUCUACAAGUUGGUGCAACGCAUAUUACCAAUACAACGGCAUCGAGCAGUUUGCUGAACAAUUUAAAAUAUGUUGAUAUCAGUUACAACAACUUCACCAACACAUUCACCGAUGAGACGUUCCAGAAGAUGUGGGUUGUGGAACACUUGGAUUUGUCGCAUUCGAAUAUAAAUUUUUUGCCCCUUUAUCUCUUCUCACAACUCACCGAUUCGCUGUUCUAUCUGAAUUUGUCCUACAAUCAACUGUUCACCAUAAGCCGUUAUAUAUUCGGCCGACAUGCAAUAGAUGAUGAAUUAAUAAUCGAUGCCAGCAAUAAUCCUUGGGAUUGCUCUUGCAGCUUGUUGUUGGAAAUGAGUUAUAUACUCGCACACCAGAAAAUAUUCCCCUACUGUCAUGGGCCCGAAGAAUAUACAGGAUUGAGUGUACUGGAUUUGCGUUUGUGCUACGAUGAUUACAAUAUAACAACAACAUCUGCCAACGUGAGCACCCAACAUGAGAUGUCACCAACAACACCCAAAAUGAUUACCACACGUAUGCAAAUCGAUAUUGACUAUAUAUCGACGAAAGAGCCGUCUUCAACAGCUGCGCCUACACAAAAAACUUCAACAACAUCAAGUGAAGACUCUAACGAUGAUGAUGAUGAAAUUAUGCUGCGCUGCCUCUCAUCGACACAGGAGCGAGUGGUUACGUGGCAAAAAGUGCUCUGGCCCGAAACCGAAAUACAGUUAACGCAGUUGUCACAACUGCGUGUCGAGGUGACUGUGAAUACAAACAGCUCGCAUGACUCUUUCGGCUUGAUUUGGUUCAGUAAAGUCAUCGACGAUUAUUACAGCAUGACCGUUAAUUAUGAUCAAUAUGGCCUGGGUUGCGUUGGUCCAAUCAGUUAUGCCACCACCAUUGGCGCGCUCUUGCCCGAUACCACUUAUACAUUUUGUUUGGUUGCCGAUAAAAAGCUGACAAUUUCACCUUUCCACUGUGACUCGCUGCAUAUGAGCUCCAAUCUGGGUAUCGUGUAUAAUGCUUGGUUGUCGUAUGAUAUGCGCGCCACGGGCAUAUCGCUGACCAUAUUUGGCAUCGUGCUCAGUUGCUUCUUGGGCAUUACAGGUGUCUUUAUGUUAUUCAAACAUAAUCCGCGUUUGUUGAAGGGCAGUAAACGUGUGAAAACAACGGGAAAAAAUUCAAUAGAUAUUGUUAUCUUCCCACGGGAGCACUCCCUGGAAAGCCUUAAAAUAAAGGAAGAAGGCUUGGCGAAUCGUCACUCAAGAAGCACCUUCGAUACCAUUACAACCACCGCAUCCUUUACUUCGCAUACCAACACCAGUACGAACAACCAUGUUAUACGUCGUGGUUCGGAUAUUAGCAUUGAGAGUAACCGCAGCAACCAAAGCUAUAUGAAUGCCAAUUUAUAUGAAGUCAUACCAGCCUAUCUACGCCUACAAGAUGUCAGCUCAGCAGACUGUGCUCAGCACUCAGUAGAUUUCGAAUCGAUCAACAGUUAUAUGUCAACAUUAGCACCGCAUUAUACGGAAUGCCAAGAUGCAAGUUUAGUUAGUUAUGCAGAAGUUGCGCCACGUCGAAAACGCACUUCCAACGAUCCCCUACCAGCAUUGCCUACAGAUCGCGUGGAAGUUAGAUCAACAUCCAGCGGUUCGACUAUUGCGGAAGAAGACAUUCCUGGCCUGGUGCUAGAGAGUAUGCCUUAUAUUACAGUGACCGAUACAACUGUAGAUGAGGAGAGCAAAAAUGGCGGGGAGUAAGAGGGGAGUUGAACUCUUGAAUUUUCUU